AUGCUGUCUGGUACGAGCUUACCAUGUCCAGGAGCGGUGGAGGCGGUUGCCGAGGAAUCAAACGCGAUCACAAGAGGAGACAUCUUCGACGUGUACUGCAGCCUUCUGAAGUAUUCAGAUAGUCUACAAGGGCUCGUUAUGAGCAAGAUCCUUGAUUCCGUCUCGUCUGGUCUAGCCGCGCAAACCGAGACGACUACUCAUGUGUUGGAGAGCGGAGACCAAGAAUCCAUCAGGGAGCAGAAGAAGGCCAUCGAGAUGUACGCGUUCCUUCUCCAGUGGUUCGUGAUCGCAGCGGAGAAGGUUAAGAAAGGAGGCGAAGAUGAGGUUGCGGUACCUGCCGCGAAACCUAGGAGGGGGCGAGGAGGCGCUAGAGCAGCCGCGUCGAGGAAACAAACAUCCACGGCCUGGACAUGGGAGAGCCAAAUCCCCGCGACCCUUGCCUUGAUUAGCAAAGUCCUUCGCCUGAGCUCGCCGAGGAUAUGGACGACGACGGCAGAGCGCGAUACGUUUAUUAGCUGCAUUACACGACCUGCUUACCACGUUACCGAAAAUGAACAGUACAUGAAGGCUCAGAACAUCAAACUCGGCGUCUAUAAGGUCAUUUGCCUCGCUGUUAAGCACCACGGACACGCUCUUGCGGCCCAGAUCAGCAUCAUGCAAUCCCUGCAAUACUACGAACAUCUCUCCGAGCCCAUGGCAGAGUGUCUCGCGGUUCUCGCUAAAGAAUUCGACCACUCUCAACUUGGCGACGAGGUCCUGCGAGAGAUCGCUGGGAAGACCUUCAACGCGCAGGACACAAAGGGGCCCAGAGCCUUCUCUCGUUUCCUUACUCGCUUCUCCGAACUGGCGCCUCGAUCGGUCCUCAAGCAGAUAAGUCUUCUAUUGAACCAUCUAGAUUCCGAGUCUUACCCUAUGCGCAUGGCUAUAGUCGAAGUUAUGGGAGCCCUCGUAAAGGAGCUGGCCACGUCAUCCGAGAUGGACAACGAUCAAGCCCACGCCACGAAGCAAUUGAAUGGCCUAUACGAUAUGCUCCUUGAACGUACGCUCGAUCUAUCAUCCUACGUCCGAGCCAAGGUAUUCGCGGUGCUCAAUAGGCUGUGCGAUCUUCCUGUCAAAUUUCCUAAGCAGCGCCUUGCUGUGACACAAGCAGCUAUUGACGCGCUCCAGGACAAGGCUGCGACCGUUAGGAAGGCAGCGAUUGGGCUCUUAGUGAAGCUCAUUGUCACACAUCCCUAUGGCUUGAUGCACGGUGGUCUGCUGGGUUUGGAUGAGUGGGAGCAGAGAUACAAGGAGGUCACGGAGGAGCUCAAGAAGGUCGAAGAGGUGGUGGGCAAGGCCGUGGAGCGAGAAGAUGGCACCCCUGAAGGCGAUAACGAAGCAGGUCCCGCCGAAGAGGAGGAGGAAGAAGAAGAAGAAGAAGAGGGAGACGGUGGGGAUUCUGGGGCCAAGAGGUCCCGCAAGAAGAAAUCGGAUGAUGAUAUGGAUGUGGAUGAAGACGAGGACACCGAGAUCGAAGGGGACGAUAGUGAUGCUGAGGCUGCGCGCCAGAGCCAGAAAUACAAACGGAAGAGAAAAUCCAAGCCGCGAAAAUCGGAGCUCGACAUGACGGCUCUGACGAAUGAGCAGGCCGCUCUCGCCGCCCUCGAGAGUAACCAACUGCUCCACCUCAGGCUUCGCAAAAAGUACUAUGCCGAGGCGUUGAACUUCAUCCGGACUAUCGAAAAUGGAAUGGAGGACAUGGAGCGCCUCCUUGGCUCGAAGAACAAGCUCGAAGUGCUCGAGGCAAUCGAUUUCUUCCGGGUCGCACAUGAAUAUCAGUUCGAUAGCGCUCAGCGUGGUAUCCAACGAAUGUUGCAUCUCGUCUGGCAAAAGGACGAGAACGCCACUUCGGAGGAUGGUAAAGAGGUCAAAGGUGUGCGAGCGCGAGUACUUGAGUGCUACCGGAGCCUCUACUUUGAUCCCUUACCGGAUAUGGAGCCUAAGCACCAGGUCAAUCGUAUCGCCAAGAACAUGAUUGAGUUGACUUACGAUGCGACAUUAGCGGAGCUCACCAGCUUAGAAGAGAUGAUCCGUAUCAUGAUGGAUGAGGGACAGAUCCACCAAGAUGUUAUUUCCAAGCUGUGGCAAGUCUAUAGCUCCGACAAACCUUUACCCAAAGCUCAGCGGAGAGGGGCCAUUAUCCUCUUGGGUAUGAUGGCAUUGGCGAGGCGUGACGUGGUCACAGAUCGCGUUGAUACUCUUCUGAAAAUUGGCCUCGGACCCCUGGGAAGAGCCGAUUUGACGCUUGCACGCUACACCUGCGUUGCACUGCAGCGCUUGAACGGUAGCGCGAAGAAAGUCAAAGGCUCGUUACUCGACAAAACGCUCAGAAUAGAAAUGGACAGUCCGAUAUUUCGUAAAUUAUUGGAUAUGGUUGAACAUCCGUGCCGAUCAAAGGAGUGGUUUGCUUUGGCUGAGCAAGCUAUCAACACCGUUUAUGCUCUCGGCGAUCAUCCUGAUCAGUUCUGUGAUACCCUCAUCAAGGAUCUGACCAGGAGAGCGUUCACGCCGCGAACACCAGCUCAAAGAGCAGAAUCUGCUGAGAAGGAUCCGGAUGCUAUGGACGAGGACGCACCGGAGGGCACUCGAGACCCGAGCAUGACACAAGAUCCCGUAGCAGAAGGCUCGAAGGAUUGCGGUGACGCGUUCCAACUCAGCCAAUUGCUGUUUAUCGUCGGCCAUGUCGCCAUCAAGCACAUUGUUUACCUUGAGCUCGUCGAACGCGAGUGGAAGAGGCAGAAGGACGAGAAAGCUAUGGCCGAGAAGCUUGCCAAAGGUACCGAUGCUCAGGCUCGCACCUCAAAGGACAAGGACGGUGAGGAACUUGACCAGGUGGUCGGCAAUGCGGAGGACGAGAUCGGCGACCGCAUCGCAGCUGUUCGAGAAACUGAGCUUCUCUACGGGCCGGAAUCCUUGCUAGCUGUAUAUGGUCCGAUGAUUGUUCACAUCUGUGGCAGUCCUCAUAAGUUCAAGAAUCGCACAUUACGUGCUGCCGCGACGCUAGCCUUUAGCAAGUUCCUUUGCGUUAGCUCGCAGUUCUGCGACCAACACCAUCGCUUGUUGUUCAAGAUUUUGGAGACGUCUAAGGAUGCGAACAUACGCAGCAACAUCGUUAUCGCAUUGGGCGACGUCGCUGUGUCGUUCAGCACGAUCAUCGACGAAAAUAGCAACGAGCUAUACAAGGGACUCUCAGAUCGAGACCUUGUUGUCAAGAAGAAUACGUUAAUGGUUCUUACGCACCUCAUUCUGAAUGGAAUGAUCAAAGUGAAAGGGCAGCUCGGCGAGAUGGCGAAAUGCCUUGAAGACGAGGAAGAGCGCAUCUCCGACCUGGCGAAGCUCUUCUUCAGCGAACUUUCGACGAAGGAAAACGCAAUCUACAAUAACCUUCCUGAUGUCAUCAGUCACCUGUCCGUAGGAGAGCAUGCUGUAGACGAAGAAGUAUUCCAAAGCACGAUGAAGUACAUCUUCACGUUCAUAGAGAAGGAACGACAAGCCGAGAAUAUUGUCGACAAACUAUGCCAGAGAUUCAGACUGUCAGAGGACCCUCGACAAUGGCGCGACAUCGCAUACUGCCUGUCUCUGUUGCCCUUCAAAUCCGAACGCUCUGUCAAGAAGCUCAUCGAGGGUCUGCAAUUCUAUCGUGACAAGCUGCACGAGCCGGCCGUGUACGAUCGUUUCACCGAAAUUCUCGCCAAGGCACGCGCGAACAAAUCCAAGGACAAACCGGAUCAAGAGCUCAACGAGUUCGAGAAGAUACUUGACGAGCACCGUCAACAAGGCCAGGAGGAUCAGGCGCUUGAGAAACGUGCGGAGGGCAAGAAGCGCAAAGCUGCGAAGAAGCAACAAGCCACCCGACGAUCGACGCGCAAGAAGGCACAGGAAGAGCAGGAAGAUAUGUACCAAUCCGAUUAGACCAGAAAUCUUCUCACAUACCUAUCAUCUCCCCGUAUCAGCAGUCCUUUGCUUCAGGCUGAGCCUGUCGCGUUGUUGUUGUAUUAGCACCAUGUACAUUCCACCAUAAUAUUUUACAGUAAACAUCCAGGUAGUCUAAGGACAAGUAACUUAUGACGACGGAAAGUCCAAAGAAGUGAGUGUGUAACGACUUCUAACCAGAGUCGUGAGGGAGAGAGCAAAGAAAUGGAGCCAAACGAGUGUGAUAGGCACCGAGAGCCCAGAUAGCAGGGUACAAUUCAAUAGUAAGGAGUGUGCGUCGAAGGCGAAAGCCGUUCGAAAGGCAAUAAAUAUGGGUAAGACCACCACCGCAGCGCGGAGAAUGUGAGCCGAUAGUUGCUCAAGCCUUCCAGGAACGGAAAGGAGUGGCGCAGUCCUCCGCCGAAGACCGGCACCAGGAGAGAACAGGGCAUGCUGGACAAGCCAAGGUUCGCUCGGCGACUUGAGAGAUUGACCGAUGCCCUACAAAAGGAUCACGGUCAUUCUAUCUUCUCCUUCGUCUCGGCCUGCUCGGACUUGGGCUUGAACCGCUCGCCGCCUUCUCCUCCUCGCAUGAUCGCUUUCAUGAAUGAGAAGAAUCGCUCGGCGUAUUCAUCUGGCGGCACAGGGCUAAUCUUGUGCCUAUCGUCUUUCAGCCCUUUCCAUAAUCCUUCCAGUUUCUUCUUUGUGUUCCAUGGAGUCAGGAUAUCGAUCACACCAAGAUAAUAAAUCGUGUCCAUCGGCUCAUUCGAUUCGUCCGUAGCGCGAUAGCCACCUUCAUCUUGGUAGAAUACGAAGUGCUCGCGCUCAUUCCGAUCAGAGUCAGGCAGUGGGAUUUCGCCGUCCAGGUGCUUAAGGUCCGAGCAACGCAUUGCUCUACGCAUCGCCAUGGCCUCCUCGGAGUAUGCACCCUUGACUUGCGUGGCCUUGCGCUUCAAAUGCGGAACAUCGGGCGAGAACACUCUCAACGUAUUCCUCCGUACGUUGUCCUUGUUCCCCCUCCUCAUGUUAUGGAUCCCCACCAGCAAGCUGUAAUCCAUGACGUUCACUCGCUUCAACAACUCCUUAUCCCUCCGAAGCUGCUCCUCCAACAGCGCCCGCUUCUCCGGCCCCAGCUCCAACCAACGACCCCGAUUAAUCCAAUUCAAAUCCUUCAGGACCGCCCGCGGCUUCUCCUUGGCCAGCUCCUCGGGAUACUCCCGGCCAACGGUGCUGCCCUUCAGAUCAUACGUUUCGUGAAUGUCCUUGUGCGGCGGGAAAAGGUUGUUCAUGAUCACGAAGUGGAUCUUCUUUCCCCGGGGCAGCUUGACCCGAUGUAGCCCAUAGAAGCGAGAAAUGAGCGUAUGGGGGUUCUCCUUCACGUGGUGGUAGUACUCUUUCAAGAUCGACCGGAGGAACUUGUGUUCGGAGUGGUGUAUCGUCUUGAUGAUGAACCGAUAAUCACGCGAGAAGUAGAAAAAGGAGCCGGAUUUGCCCGGCGAACCGAGCUCUGAAAGGAUGUAUUUGGCGGUGAGAGAAACGAGGUAGUCGGACGGGUCGAGUUGGAAGUAAUCCUCUCGGAGUUCACGGAAGACCCAGGGCGCGUAAUCCUUGAAUUUGAAGUCAUAUUUGGCGGAGGGAGUGAGCUCGUUACCGAUGAUAUCGAACGAGUACUUAUGGCAGGCAGUGAAGUCAUCGGCCGUGAGAGGCCGUUUGAUCUUCGCCUGACACCUCGAGACCGCUAUUCGAAUGCCGGUCAACAUGUUGUACAUCAACACGUAGUUGACGUGGUCCUCCCCGAUCAGGUUCCCCACCAGCACCUUAGUCUCGUCCUUGCUCAUGCUCCGCGUUAGCGCUGCCUCCGCCUCCUUUUGCGCCUUUUCUCGCUUGGUCUGCCUCUCCAACCUGAUCUGCUCAGCCUGGCGCUCGAUAUCGUUCGCCAGCUCCCCAUCACUAUCGGGAUCUUCCACGUAACCAAGCCCCAUGCCCGAGGUACUGACCGCAUGUGAACCACCCUGGGCAAGGCGGAGAGGUUUGGAAUGUGGUGAACCCGUGGUGUUGCGCCUGCGGGGGGAUGCGCGAUGGGUUGAAAGGGGAGGUGGCUGCAGGUAACCGUCGGUGGAGAGAUGGGCCGACGUCCGGCCUUGCACGCCGCUGCUGCUGCCCACCUGCGAGUCUUCUGUCGGCGGCGUACGCGUGUCGAAGCUGCCCGUGGUGGUAUGAAUGGUGGCUGGGCCCCCUCCUGAAGAUACGGUGCUGAUGGAAGCCUCGGUCUCGGUCGCGGCGCGGUGCAAGAGCGAAGCGCCCGGCGCCGAAGAGGCAGCGUGUCGAGGCAGGUAUCGCGCCGAUCGGACAUUGCCGGCACUUUCUCGCGAAUCGACGGACGACGUGCGCUCGACGGGGAUGUCGAAGGUCACCGGUCUCGUCGUUGAGAGAAUGCUCUUCGGGGGCGGCGUCGGCGGCACAUCGUCCUCAGGUACCAUCCUGCCUGCCGCCUCUGGCUUUUCAGCGCUCCGCUCUGCCAGAUGACCAUACUCCUUCUCCUUCUCGAGCGUGUCCUCGAAUGUAUGUACGCUUGCCGGGGGGCUAGGCGGUGGCGGACCGGCCAUGCCGACGACCGUCGUCGGCGGACUCAUGGGCGGUUCGUGGGCACGCACCGCAGGGAUGGUGCGGCCAAUCCUGCUGAUGAUGUUCUCCGAAGGCGCAGAGGAGGCGACGGCGACGGUGUCUCGGGUGACCUUGACGAUGUGAACCUCGCCUGUAUGCGCUAGCGCGUGGAUGGGGUUGACGGCGUCCAUGCUGUCGUCGUGGGCGCGCUCCUUGCCCUUCGCGCUAUCGUUCGCCGUCCUUCGGCGCAGGGAAGACGUCCGCGACGAGGGUGGUGAGGGGGAUUGCUGCGGGGCCCCGUCGACGGGAAAGGCAGAGGGCGCCUGGGAAGUGCGGGUGGAGGAGGUCGACACCCGGC